AACGGGGAGACAUGUGCUUCCUUUUCCCACUUCACAGUUCACGCUCUAGCCCCAGCCCCCGAUCUCCGGCAAUGUCGCUCCACCAGCGGCCGCACCAGAAGCCGCUGGGCGCCGACUCCCUCCCCGUCUCCACGACCCUCGCUAACGCCGCCCCUUCCCGCCCCCUGCCCCUCCUCACGCUCCCCUACCUCUUCUCCCUUCUCGCGCUCCUCCUCCUACUCGCCCUCCUCUUCCCCUGGGGGCCGCCCCGCCACUCCGCGCUGGCCUCCCCGUGGCGCUCCUACACGCUCCAAGACGCCGCUGCCUUCGCCGCGGCCUCCGGCAACGGCACCAUCAUCCUCGCCGCCGUCUCCGGGCCGUACCUCCCCUUCCUCUCCAACUGGCUCAUCAGCGUCCGCCGCGCCGGCCGCGCUAACCAGGUGCUCGUCAUCGCCGAGGACUACGAGACCCUCGAGCGCAUCAAUGCCGCAUGGCCCGGCCACGCCGUCCUCGUGCCCCCCGCGCCCGACGCCCAGGCCGCCCACAAGUUCGGGUCACAGGGCUUCUUUAACUUCACCUCGCGGCGGCCGCGACACCUGCUGCAGAUUCUCGAGCUGGGGUACAGCGUCAUGUACAAUGACGUCGACAUGGUGUGGCUUGCCGACCCGUUUCCAUAUCUAGUCGGCAAUCACGAGGUCUACUUCAUGGACGACAUGAGUGAAGUGAAGCCACUGAAUCAUUCACAUGCGCUGCCGCCGCCAGGUAAGAAGGGGCGGCCAUACAUUUGCAGCUGUAUGAUCUUCCUGCAGCCAACAGAAGGGGCAAAGCUGUUGAUGAGGAAGUGGAUUGAGGAGCUCAAGGAACAGCCCUGGUCGAGGAAAGCGAAAUCAAAUGAUCAGCCAGCAUUCAACUGGGCUUUACUAAAGACUACUGGGCAGGUGGAUGUGUAUUUACUGCCUCAGUCUGCUUUUCCAACUGGAGGUCUAUAUUUCAAGAACAAAACAUGGGUCAAGGAGACAAAGGGCAAGCAUGUCAUUAUACAUAACAACUACAUAACAGGGUUUGAAAAGAAGAUAAAACGCUUCCGUGAUCAUAAACUCUGGCUGGUGGAUGAGCACAGCGACGAGUCACCACUUGGUAAAAUAUGAGCAAGCUGUACAUCUAUCCUUGCUGCAGCAUCACAAUUUUGUAGCUGGUGUCUGCCCAACCAGAUGUUGGGUGAUUUUCCAUCCACCACAUGGAAUUCAACAAUCGAAUUUGAACACCGGAUCCGCAUGCAGAAGACUCCAUCUGUACAUCAAGGCCCUCAGGAGCUAAGCUUUUUCAUGCAGUCCAUCUUUCUGAAGUACUCCCUCCGUCCCAAAGUAAGUGACUCAACUUUACACUAACUUUGUACUAAAGUUAGUACAAAGUUAAGUCACUUAUUUUGGGACGGAGGGAGUACAUUUUUGUAAUUGGAAGUGGCUGGUCCAGGAGACGAGUAAGAUCUCAGGGCAUGAAUGAAUAGGUUUUGUGGCUAUGAGUAGCGUCCAAGUCCAUUGAUUAAUUCACUGGGUCUGUAUAGCAUUGUAGUUUUGUGAGUUUGUACCAUUAUUGUUAUUAAAAAGCGCAGCAUUUUUGUACACUAGACCGCUUGCAAGUACUAUUGCUUAUCAUCUUAUAGAGGGCAUACUGAUUCAA